AUGUUAAAUAAACAUAUCUUUACAUCAACAACUCAAAGAUUAUCUCAAUUGAAUAGACAUAUAUCAACAACAAUUCCUAAAAUGGCUCCGAUUUCCUCAACUUCUCCAUUGAAAAAUUUCGAUUAUUUAGUCAUUGGUGGUGGAUCCGGUGGUGUUGCUAGCGCUCGUAGAGCCGCUAAAUACGGUGCCAAAGUAUUACUUAUUGAAGCCAAAUUGAAUAAAUUGGGGGGUACUUGUGUCAAUGUUGGUUGUGUUCCUAAAAAAGUUAUGUGGUAUGCUGCUGACUUAGCUCAUAAGAAACAUGAUUUAUAUCCAUACAAGUUGUCAAAGCAACAGGAGUCUACUGAAUAUGGUGAUUUUGAUUGGUUGGGGUUUAAGAACAAACGUGAUGCCUAUGUUCAUCGGUUGAACGGAAUUUAUGAAAAUAAUUUAAAGAGAGAAAAGGUUGAUUAUGUAUUUGGAUUUGCUCAAUUUGUCAAUGAACUGGGUGAUGUUGAAGUUACAUUAUCUGGAGAUCAACACUUGCCAUUCUUGGAGGAAAACAAGGAAUAUAAGAAAGGUGAGAAGCUUGUGUUUUCUGGUGACAAGAUUCUUCUUGCUACUGGUGGUACCCCCAUUGUUCCACCAAAAGUUGAAGGCUCGGAAUUGGGUAUUACAUCUGAUGGAUUUUUUGAAUUGGAAUAUCAACCUAAAAGAGUUGCCAUCGUUGGUGCAGGUUACAUUGGUGUUGAAUUAUCGGGUGUUUUCAAUGCCUUAGGAACUCAUGUUGAUUUUGUUAUCCGUGGUGACACUGUAUUACGUUCGUUUGAUGAUAUUAUUCAAAAUACCAUAACAGAUUAUUAUGUUGAUAAAUUGGGAAUCAAUAUUGUCAAACAAAGUGGUGGUGUAGUUAAAGUUGAAGGAGAGAAGAAUGGUACAAAAAAAGUGACAUUAGGUAAUGGAACCGUUCUCGAAGUUGAUGAAUUGAUUUGGACAGUUGGUAGAAAGAGUCUUGUUGAUUAUGGUUUGGAUAAAGUGGGAGUUAAACUUGAUUCAAAUUUGAAAGUCAUUGUUGACAAGUUUCAAGCCACAACUAACCCCAAGGUUUUCUCUCUUGGGGACUUAAUUGAUGAAGCUGAAUUAACACCAGUGGCAAUUGCAGCAGGUCGUAGGUUAUCCAAUCGAUUAUUCGGUGGUGAACAAUUCCACAAUGACCAUUUAGAUUACACCAAUAUCCCAUCAGCCAUUUUCUCCCAUCCAGAAGCAGGUUCAAUUGGUUUGACAUCAAAACAAGCCAUUGCCAAAUAUGGUGAAUCAAAUGUCAAAAUCUACAAUUCUAAAUUCAAUGCCAUGUAUUAUGCCAUGAUGGAUAGUGAUAAAGAUAAAGCUCCCACGGCAUAUAGAAUAGUUUGUGCUGGACCCGAGGAAAAAGUUGUUGGAUUACAUAUUGUUGGUGAUAAUAGUGGUGAAAUUUUACAAGGGUUUGGGGUUGCUAUUAAGAUGGGUGCAACAAAGAAGGAUUUUGAUAAUUGUGUUGCUAUUCACCCAACUUCAGCUGAAGAAUUGGUUACAAUGACAUAA